UUCUUUUGCCGUUGGAUGUCGCUGUUUGAAGAUUUACGCUUGUGAAUACCAGUCGAGGAAGUCUAAUGAUGGCGACGACCUGCGCAUGGCAGCCAUGUGAAGAAACAGAACAGGACGAGUUUCUUGUUCAAUUCUCUAAUGGACACGUGAAAAAUGCAGAACAGCUGGAAUUUAAACUCUUCAAACACACAGAUGAAGUCAACCCUAGAAAGAAAAACAGACGGAUUGUGGUCGCAGAAUCAGAUCGACUUUCUUAUGUUGGGAGCAACUUUGGGUCUGGAUCAUUACAAUGUAAUAACCUGUGCAGGUAUUUUGUGGGAGUCCUUGACAAGAGGACUAUGCAAAUGAAGGUUCAUAAUGCUCAGCUGUUAAGUAUGCAGCCUGUUAUUCCAGGUGAAUCAGUAGCAACAGAUGAAAACACAAUAAAGGCUGAUACAUAUAGAGAUAAGGUGGAUGCUCUCAUUGAAGCAUUUGGAACGACUAAACAGAAGCGUGCACUGACCUCCAGAAGACUGAACCAGGUGGGCAACGAUACGCUGCACCAAGCUGUGGCGCGUGCUGCCAGCAAUAUCAUAGAUCAGAAAGGAGUUGAAGCUCUGCAAAAUGCAGUUAUUGAAACAGAGACACAGACCGAUACAGCCGUCUUCCUCCCUCCAUGCAACACGGAGGCAAACAAACCAGAAGACGUUUACCCCUUUGAUCAAUUGUUGUCUCCAAUUGAGUUUGAUGCCCUGAAGGAUGUUGGUGUGAAGAUGGCAGAGCUGACCCCUGAAGACCUACAGAAGAUGAGAGAUGAUGGCAGUCAACAGACUGUUCUUCAACAUCUUGAAUUACUUCCCAAAGAGGGUGCAGCUCGUGAAAGGCUGUCUCGCUGUGCUUGGUACCUGUCUUUCCUUAUCAAAGUCUCACAACAGAAACGGCUCAACCACAAAUUCGGUAUGGCCGAUGGGUGUCCCCGAAUCAUCAUCAACAAAGUGCUGAAGAAUUUCACAGUUGAAAGUUUCCAUAAUGGAAGCCUGAGGAAUACCGUGUCGACAUCCAUGCGUAUGAAACUGGCUUCCCAUUGUUUGGCUUUACUGCUGCACAUGGGUGAUCAGACAGCUAACCUCACACGCCUACACAGAGACCUGCGCAUCAGUGACGUCAAAAUGCUGGAGUUGGCCAAGGCCAUGGGGCUGACUCUGUCCCGUCAGUUGGCGUACAAUACAGAAGAGUCUGGGACUCAGGAUGAGCACAGGAUUGUCUCUCUCGUGAUUCCACUGGUCCGUUAUGAGCGACGUGUCGAUCGCAGGAAACGCAAAAAGAUGAGAUGAACUGGGCACAGUAGUCUUUCUAAGCUGUUUGGGGACAUGCUGACUGUAUUUGAAUUCAGUUUUUGCAAUGUUAAAUUUAGACAAAAUCUUUCAUGUAAGAUGCAAUUUGAAAUUAAAUGACUUUAAAAAGACAA